ACUGCAGUGAUGGAAGGCCAAGCAAACGCUGCGCAGGCUAGUCUUGGUCCAAGAGUGAAGGCUAACCUGGUUCUUGGAGCAGAAUCGUUUGCCAUCAGCUCUGAGUGCGGUAUCCUAUCCGAGCAGCUGGCCACAAUGAAGGAGAAGAGCAUGGUGAUUCUCAAGGAAUACAUCGCCAAGCACAAUGCUCCAAACGAUGUCCCUGAUGAGUCAAUUGAGGGUGAAUCUGAUGACGAGGGUGAAGCACUAGUCAAGAACCCGCCGAAGAAAUCGAAGAAGCAGAAGUGACCAUCCUGAAUUCAUCUGAUUCAUUGCUAGGCACGGCUACUGUAUCUUCAGCUAUGCUUUUGACACAGAAAGACCAGAUCACUGUUUGGCACAUCUUGCUUGUGUAAAAUUGUAAGACUAGAUAUUUGUCAGUCGCAUAAGACUAGAUAGUUGUGAGCCACAGCACAACCUGCAGGUGUAAGAACUUGGUGCUCGUGUCAUGCAAUUCUACAGCAGUUCUGCCUCGUGCUGUUAUCUUUUCA